AUGCGGCACUUUGGCCACUCGGUGGCACUCCAGCCCAACAAUCCCGCUGUUCUUCUGCGUGUCCCUGAAAAAUUGAAAUUCAAAGUGAAAGCGCCGUGGGCACUUGUUCUUGCCGGAUAUUCUUGCCAACUGUCUCCCAAAGCAGACGGAGAGGUGUUGGCUGUGGUGGAGGCGACCUGGGCUCCGUCGCUGGUUUCCAAUCUGUUUCCGCGCAUUGCUUGGUAUGGAUUUAUCAACACUUGUCUUAAGUCUCUCGUGACAGAGAAAUUUGGUGAAGAGAUGUGGGAAAGACUGAAAGUUUCUGUAGAAGUACAAGAUGUUUUCAUGACCUACACAGUGUAUGAUGACACCAUCACCAUGAAGCUCAUACAAGAAGCCUCUAAGAUGCUAGGUGUGUCCCUGGAAGCCAUUCUAAAGCUUUUUGGAGAGUAUUUCUUUAAAUUCUGUAAGAAGUCUGGCUAUGACCAGAUGCUGCGGACUCUGGGAGGGAAUCUCAUGGAGUUUCUUGAAAAUCUGGAUGCCCUCCACAGUUACCUCGCCCUGUCUUAUCAGGAGAUGAAUGCACCAUCAUUUCGUGUUGAAAAAGGAAAAGAUGGGGAAAUGCUUCUCCAUUACUACUCAGACAGAAGUGGUCUCUGCCAUAUUGUUCCAGGUAUCAUCGAGACUGUGGCUAAGGACUUCUUUGACACUGAAGUAACCAUGGAUAUCCUUGACUUGAAUGAAGAAGUGGAGAGGACAGGGAAAAAAGAGCAUGCUGUAUUUCUGAUUACACAGAAGUCUCACAGGCAGAUGAGAAGUGCAAAUCCAAUCAGGUUACAAGAUUGUGAGGACAUCCAGAGAGAUCACAAGGACCUUGAGGCAGCAUUCCUGAGGAUGAAGGAGAAGUAUUUGAGGAUCUCUGUUUGUCCUGGGAAGAAAUCUCACUGGGACACUGUGAGGAAUAUAAUCAUGUUUGGAAAAGGGCACCUCAGCUAUGCCUUCAAGCCUGUUUAUCCUGAGACACUCUGGAUGGAAGUGAAGACAUUCUGCACUGCUUUUCCUUUCCACAUUGUCUUUGAUGAAGCAUUAAGGGUCAAGCAAGCUGGAGUGAAUAUUCAGAAGUAUGUUCCAGGACUCCAGAUUCAGAAGAUUCAAUUAGAUGAAUAUUUCUCCAUCAUUCAUCCUCAAGUUACCUUCAACAUUGCCAGCAUCUGCAAAUUUAUCAACAGUCAAUUUGUCCUGAAGACACGAAACAAAGUGAUGCCUGAAGCAUGGAAAAAUCAGCCUACACUCAAACUUCGAGGCCAGAUGAUCUGGAUGGAGUCCCUGCAGUGCAUGAUUUUCAUGUGCUCACCCAAGCUCCGCAGCCUGCAGGAGCUGGAGGAGUACAAGAUGCAUCUCUCAGAUAUCGCUCCCCAUGACACUACCAGGGAUCUCAUCCUCCUUAACCAGCAGAGGCUGGCCGAGAUGGAGCUGUCCAACCAGCUGGAGAGGAAAAAGGAGGAGCUGCGUGUUCUCUCCAGUCACUUGGCUAUCGAAAAGAAGAAGACAGAGACCCUGCUGUAUGCCAUGCUGCCUGAACAUGUAGCAAACCAGCUGAAAGAGGGCAAAAAGGUGGCAGCAGGAGAAUUUGAAACCUGCACUAUCCUUUUCAGUGAUGUGGUGACAUUUACUAACAUCUGUGCUUCCUGUGAACCGAUUCAAAUAGUGAAUAUGCUGAAUUCAAUGUUCUCUAAGUUUGACAGAUUGACUGGUGUCCAUGAGGUCUACAAAGUGGAAACUAUAGGUGAUUCCUAUAUGGUAGUAGGUGGUGUUCCAGUGCCUGUUAGAAGCCAUGCUGAAAGAGUAGCUAAUUUUGCCUUGGGGAUGAGAAUUUCUGCAAAAGAAGUGAUGAAUCCUGUUACUGGAGAACCCAUCCAGAUUAGAAUUGGCAUCCAUACUGGCCCAGUCUUAGCUGGUAUUGUGGGAGACAAGAUGCCCAGGUACUGCUUGUUUGGUGACACUGUGAACACAGCCUCCAGGAUGGAAAGUCAUGGACUUCCCAACAAAGUACACCUCAGUUCCACAUCCUACAGAGCCUUGGAAAAUCAAGGGUUUGAAAUCAUUGAGAGAGGUGAAAUUGAAGUGAAAGGAAAAGGGAAAAUGACCACGUACUUUCUGAUCCGGAACUUAAAUGCCACAGAGGACGAGCUCAUGGGAAGAUGUAAAAUUCCAUUUGAUCACAAGGCUUCUCAGGAAGCCACACUCACCAAGCCUGCAAAAGGACCGGGCCCUGUGGAGUCAGCAGACCAACAAUCGGCUUCAGAUGAGACCCAGACACGUCCUUUUCCCAGUGACUCUGUGCCAUCUGCUUUCUGUGUUUUAUUGUAACAGAGCAAGAAAUGAACCCCUGGGAUUUGUUUCCCCAUUUAGUCAUAUGGAGGCAAAGAAAAGUAACUUCAUUUCUUACCCCAAAACUUCUUAAACUGUGUCUUUCCCUCAUCAUUUUUUGGAGAAUGAAAGUCUAGAGAUGAAAUACAAUCCUGACAAGUUGGGAAAAAUGUGCUUUGACAUUCUUUGUUUAGAGCCAACCCUGAACCUUGAGCCUGGGUCAUUUGUUCUCAGAUGCGGUGACUUCAGCUGUGGGCUAUUUUGUUUGUUUCAGACAGGA